CAACAUUUUGCUUUUUUGCGCUUUUUCCGACCGCUAUCUCGAGACACUGGAAAGUUCCUGAGGAAAAAUUUGUUUUUGAUGUUGGGGGUCGCUGUUCCAACGUCCUUUACCUAUUUGAUACAUACUUGCAUGGUCCUCUGGGCGUCAGAGGUGAGUGGAUGAAUCAUGGCCAGUCCGGAAGAGAUGCGAGCCCUCACAGAUCAAUUCAAGAACAACGCUGAAGAUCUGCAGGCCUAUAUGCGCGAUUUGAAUCAUUGGGAAGAGGAAAUGAAACGCAAAGAUGAGCAAUUGAGAGCCCUCAAACGAGGCAAUCCGGGCGGAAUCGCGGAGAUCGGCGACAAGAAAAAGUCCGCCGAAAACGAGAAUCAGCUCUCGUCCGAGCAAAUGCAUCAAAAGGCCAUCAUGGAAAAGGAGAAAGGUAACGAGUAUUUCAAGAAAGGCCAAUUCGAUCUGGCCAUUGAAUGCUACUCCCGUGGGAUUCAAGCCCAUCCGACCAAUCCGAUGAUCAUUGCCAAUCGAGCCAUGGCUUAUCUCAAGAUCCAACGCUUCCAAGACGCGGAGGAUGAUUGCACGUUGGCGGUGGCGCUAGAUCCCACCUAUGUCAAGGCGUUCAUGAGGCGUGGCACGGCCAGAAUGAGCUUGAAUCGAGUGUCCGAAGCUGUGGAGGACUUCCAGAAGGUUGUCGAAUUUGAACCGAAGAAUAGACAGGCCAAAAGCGACCUUGAGCAAGCCUUGAUGAAACUGAACAACACUGGCAAAGUUACUCGAAAUAAAAGAGAAGCUCUGCCGCCCAAAAGUGUAAAUAUCCACCAAGAUCUACUUGCCAAACCCAAGCCAACUCGAUUGGAUCAAGAUACGUCCCAUGAGUCGGUAUUAAAGUCCCUUAAACUCAACGACGUGCAGGAUGAGUCGGAUUAUGACGUCCAAGCCAGUCAAGACUCCAACUUGUUGCAAGAUAUCUCAGUCAAACAGAAGGAGACUCAAUCCUCCUUCCUCACUCCGGUGUCAUCCAAGAAAAUCGAGACCGUUUCCGCAGAUUUGUUGAGCACGGGUUCAAAACCCAAAUUCAAGUUCCAGGAGGAACCCAAGUCAGCCCUCAUCAUUCCCCAGAAACCCGCCCAAGGUCCCAAACCAAAACCUAUUCCCGUUGAAGUGAAGGUCGAGCUCAAGCCCGUGGAACUGAUCAAACCCAAGUCCUCCGUGCAAUUCUACUCUCAUUGGAGACGCCAUUCUAGGGAAAGAAAAAGUCUCUACCUCCAGUUAUUGAGUGCAAAAGACUAUCCUCUCAUUUUCAAGCAAUCUUUGGAACCUCAAGUGUUCACGGAAAUUCUGGAGGCGUUGAUGCAGGUCCAAAUUGGAGUAGGAAAUCAUUUGUUGGGGUUAUCACAAGUGCCCAGAAUUACAGCUCUGGUCAUGUUUCUCUCGGAACAAGAGAAAUCGAAUAUAACACAAUUGGUGGAGAAAGCGAAAAACGACUCGGGUUUAAGUGAAAACGAUUUACAAAAAAUAACAUCCACCUUCUCAUAAAAUGCGUCAUAUGAAAUGAUAAUAAAACAGUAUGUGACACA